GAACAAUCGAAGCUUUAAGCUCAAUACAUUCGCAGCGAAACAGCCACGUUGGGCGACAUCGUGAAGCAACUAUUCUUCUUCGCAUAGCUACCCCUUCUCCUCUCUUUCACGAUGCGAGCGACGUCGCGGCUUUUCGCGACUGUCAGAUCAGCCUCGAAAUACCUCGAAGCCAAUUCCCCCACAGGCCUCACUGGUCUCACAACACACCCGUCCCCUCGUCCUGCCCUCAUCUACACCUACCGGCAAACCCUCAAUAAGCUCGCCCAACUGCCCAAAAGCUCCGUUUACCGGCAAUCCACCGAGGCUCUCACAAAACAGCGCCUGGAGAUCAUCGAGGCAGUAAAGCCAGAAGGACACGAACAAUGGCUGGAACGGGUGCGCAAGCAGAUCGAAGCUAGUCCGAAAGCUUUCAGCAAAUUCUUGAACGAAGAUGGCUCAUUUGGUAGCGAGAAGCUGCAUGUGGAACCAGUGGACAAUUGGGAUGGCAAGAUCACGAGACGGGAUGCGAAAUAUGAGGGACCAAACACGAUGGCCCAGGCAGAGACGAAAGCGAGAGCCGUCAGUGAUGAAGUGCGAGAAAAGGAUCUCGAGGACAAGGAAGGGAUUCCGCCGACCGUAGAGGAUCUGGAGGUGGAACCACCGUUGACGAGAGAGCAGAUCGAGGGGAUCGAGCAAAAGAUUGGUGCUGGCUUGAUUGAAGAAGUCAUCCAGGUUGCCGAAGGAGAGCUGGAACUGGUGGAUGAGAUGCUGCGACAUCAAGUAUGGGAAGAUCUGGAAGAAAAGACCCCCACAGGUCAAUGGGUGUACUUUGAACGCGGCGAAAGAACCUAGUGUCUCUCAUCGCAUAUUACUUGAGGGUCUCCGAAGUUGUACAUACAAUCCGGAAAACGGAAACGGAAACGGAAUUUACAGCAUUGAUAUACUGUCAUUCCACAUCUGAUAGUGGUUGAUGCAAGCCGUGAAAACAAAGCCUUUCAUUGAUUUUAUCGCAUGGUCUUGAUGGGUCUUCCCUCCCCCGGACGGGCGUUCUUUAACCUAGACGUUCCGUCCAGUCGCUGCAUGCAACCGUCCCUCUGCA